GGUGAGGAGGGAGAUCCUGUGUUCGUACUGGUUCUCGUUCUCUUUCUUUCUUUCCUUCUCCCUGCGAGGAAGAAGGGAGAACAGAGCAAGGCAAGUAGAGUCUGUGUGUCCUCAUGAGUUGAAUAAGGAGAGAUGGUGAUGAUGAUGAUGAUGAAGAUGAAGAUGAACAUUAAACCCGAGACGGUGACGUUGAUACUAGUGUACAUGGCUGGGAUCAUGGAGAGGGCCGAUGAGUCGCUGCUGCCUGGUGUGUACAAGGAGGUUGGGGCAGCCCUCCACACCGACCCAACGGGUUUAGGCUCCCUCACCCUCUUCAGAUCUAUUGUGCAGUCUUCGUUCUACCCAUUAGCCGCCUAUCUCGCCAUCAACCAUAACAGAGCCCAUGUCAUCGCCCUGGGUGCCUUCCUCUGGGCCGCCGCCACCUUCCUGGUCGCCUUCUCCUCCACCUUCUUUCAGGUGGCAUUCUCCAGAGCGUUAAAUGGGAUUGGGCUGGCAAUAGUAACACCCGCCAUUCAGUCCCUUAUCGCCGACUCAACCGACGACAACAACCGUGGUAUGGCUUUUGGAUGGCUACAGCUGACAGGAAACUUUGGCUCAAUUAUUGGUGGCCUAUUCUCAGUUCUGAUAGCUUCAUCUUCAUUCAUGGGGAUUCCUGGUUGGAGAAUCUCCUUCCAUCUGGUUGGAAUGGUGAGUGUUGUUGUAGGUAUUUUGGUCCGCCUGUUUGCCAAUGAUCCACGUUUUUUAGAGGGUGGUACUAAAGCUAAUGAUCCAGGUUCACGAAAGCCCAUAAUGUUAGAAGUGAAGAACCUAAUCCACGAAGCCAAGUCGGUGAUGAAAGUUCCAUCUUUCCAGAUACUUGUAGCUCAGGGCGUGACCGGAUCAUUCCCAUGGUCAGCUUUGUCAUUUGCACCCAUGUGGUUUGAGCUUAUUGGCUUUUCCCACAAACAAACAGCUUUCCUUAUCAGCAUGUUUGUGGUUGCUGCUUCUCUUGGUGGGCUGUUUGGAGGGAAAUUGGGGGAUAUCCUUUCCAAGCAUUUCCCCAACUCUGGCAGGAUACUUCUAUCACAAAUAAGCUCAGGAUCGGCUAUCCCACUGGCAGCAGUGCUAAUGUUGGUUCUACCUGAUGACCCCUCCACAGUUUUCAAGCAUGGUUUUGUCUUGUUCGUCAUGGGCUUGUCCAUAUCGUGGAAUGCUCCGGCUACAAACAAUCCUAUACUUGCAGAGAUAGUCCCUGAAAAGUCACGUACAAGUAUUUAUGCUCUGGAUCGAUCUUUUGAGUCCAUAUUGUCAUCAUUUGCUCCCCCUGUAGUUGGGUUUCUGGCUCAGCAUGCUUAUGGUUAUAAACCAGUUCCCGAGGGAGCCAGCGCUUCAGUUGAAGUCAAAACUGAUAGAGAAAAUGCUGCAUCAUUAGCCAAGGCACUUUACACGGCAAUAGGAAUUCCAAUGACUCUAUGUUGUAUAAUCUACUCCUUUCUCUAUUGCACCUAUCCAAGAGACAGGGAACGAGCACGGAUGCAUGCAUUAAUAGAAUCAGAAAUGCAGUAUAUAGAAUCAGAGAAUCCUCCUGCUGGAGGGGAAUAUACCGAAGUUCACUUCUCUGAAUCAGACGGGUUAUAUGAGAAGGAAAGAAUUGUGAUUGAUAUGGUUUAUGGUAUAGAGGAUAGUGAUGUUGAUGACAGUGAUGAGAAGACACUUCUUGCUCGCCAGCUCACAUUCGCAAAUUUAGGAGAAUAAUAAUCCAUCAACCAGAAGCUGGUUGGAUGGCUUGGAGGUGUUCUCCAUUUUUCUAAUCCAUGUAUCAGAAACUUCAUCCAACCUGUUGACCCAGUUUUUUUUUUUUUUUUUUUAAAGGUGGUCUUCAGAAGGCUUGUAUAAAAUUUUGGUGAGGGUACAUUGCUGGGUUUUGCCUCAUGUAAAAUUUGGGAGAAGGCAAAUUGGUGAUUUCCAUAUCUUAAUCGACCACCUUAAAUUCUUUUAACUGUUGUAGAGUUUUCUGUUUUGACUGAUGGAGAGAACAAAAUAUAUUUCAGCCACACCCUUGUUCA